UCAGCGUAUUACUCUAUCACCAUUCACCUAUGGCUUUCAAACUUCCCAAGAAUCCCAACCUCAAUUCCUCUCGAUUUAUGAUGGACCUUUUCAUAUAACCUUCGCCAUCUUUUUCUCUCUUCAGAGUUCAGACACCGAUUUUCGCUCUAGAAACCUCUAGUUUAUUACUUAUCGGCUAGCGGCUAUGGCGGUGAAGCUUCAAGUUUUCAGUCUUUUUGUGCUUCAACUAUUCCUCAUGGCCAUUUCAGACCAAAAUGAGCAAAACCCAGAAAGAAAAGCUCUCCUUUCCUUCCAAAGCUCACUUGAAAACCCACAUGUUCUUUCUUCCGAGUGGAACCCAUCAACCUCCCAUUGCCACUGGGUCGGUGUCUCGUGCCAACUCGGCCGAGUCAUCCAGCUCGCCCUACCUACACGGUCCCUCAAAGGCCCACUGUCUCCCUCACUGUUCUCUCUCACCGGCCUCAUUUCCCUCGACCUCUCUUCCAACUUCCUCUACGGCCAAAUCCCACCUCAAAUAUCCAACCUUCAAAGCCUGAAAGAGCUUUCUCUAGGCGACAACCAGUUGUCUGGGGAGAUCCCGGUCCAACUCUUUGAGCUAACUCAGUUGCACACCCUCAAACUCGGCCCGAACUCUCUCACCGGUAAAAUCCCAGAACAGCUCGGAGAACUGAACAAGCUCCAAACCCUGGACCUCUCUGGCAACGCUCUCACCGGAAAUGUCCCGACCCCGAUCGGGAACUUGACCCGGCUGCAGUUCUUGGACAUUGGAAGCAACCUCCUCUCAGGUUCUCUCCCACUUACACUUUUCACAAAGCUUCAGUCUUUAACCUCCAUGGACAUAUCAAACAAUUCCUUUUCUGGUCCAAUCCCACCCGAAAUUGGUUACUUAAAGAACCUCACUGGCCUUUACAUUGGCAUUAACGAGUUUUCUGGUCAGUUUCCAAAAGAAAUUGGUAAGCUUAGAAAGCUUGAAAACUUGUUUUCGCCGUCUUGUUUAAUAACGGGUCCGUUGCCUGAGGAAUUGUCUGAGUUAGAAUCACUGACCAAACUCGACCUUUCAUACAAUCCGUUAAGGUGUUCAAUCCCAAAGUCCAUUGGGAAGUUGCAGAAUUUGACUAUAUUGAAUCUUGUCUACGCUGAGCUCAAUGGGUCGGUCCCAGCCGAGCUUGGAAACUGUAGGAACUUAAAAACUUUGAUGCUUUCCUUUAAUUCUUUAUCUGGCUCGUUGCCUGAGGAGCUUUCUGAGCUCCCUACGUUGACAUUUUCUGCUGAAAAGAAUGAGCUAUCGGGGCCAUUGCCUUCCUGGCUUGGAAAGUGGGGAAUGAUGGACUCGCUUUUGCUUUCGAGCAAUCGGUUCUCGGGGAAAAUCCCGCCCGAGAUUGGGAAUUGCUCUAUGCUCCAGCACCUUAGUUUGAGCAAUAAUUUGUUGACGGGUUCGAUACCGGAGGAGUUGUGUAAUGCGGUGUCGCUUAUAGAGAUUGAUCUGGAUAGUAAUUUCCUGUCGGGGACGAUUGAGAAGACGUUUGUGAAGUGUAGGAAUCUUUCCCAGUUGGUUUUGGUGAAUAAUCAGAUCAUUGGUUCGAUACCAGGGUACCUUUCUGAGCUUCCACUGAUGGUGGUCGACCUUGACUCGAAUAACUUUACGGGUAUAAUACCUACGAGUCUAUGGACUUCGACAAAUUUGAUGGAAUUUUCUGCUGGCAAUAAUCUGUUGGAGGGCACUCUCCCUGUGGAGAUUGGCAACGCUGUUGCUUUGGAAAGGCUUGUUCUCAAUAACAAUCAGUUGAAAGGCACUAUUCCGAAGGAGAUUGGGAAUCUCACAGCUCUCUCUUUUCUUAAUUUGAAUUCGAACCUGCUGGAAGGGAACAUUCCAACCGAGCUUGGAGACUGCACUGCUCUCACCACUUUGGACCUUGGAAACAACUUUCUGCUUGGCUCUAUUCCGGAGAAACUUGCAGACCUGGCUCAGUUGCAAUGCCUGGUCCUUUCUCACAAUAAUCUAUCUGGGUCCAUUCCUUCAAAGCCAUCUUUGUACUUUCGUCAGGCCACUAUGCCUGAUUUGAGCUUUAUUCAACACCAUGGUGUGUUUGAUCUGUCUUUCAAUAGAUUGUCUGGCCCAAUACCUGAAGAAUUGGGGAACUGUGUGGUGGUGGUGGACCUUUUGAUCAGUAACAAUAUGCUCUCUGGCGGAAUUCCGAGAUCCCUCUCUCGCAUGACAAAUCUUACAACCUUGGAUUUGUCAGGGAAUUUGCUAACUGGUUCCAUUCCGCCGGAAGUCAGUGAGUCCCUCAAGCUUCAAGGAUUGUAUCUUGGAAAUAACCAGCUCACAGGCACAAUUCCUGGAAGCUUAGGGCGAUUGAGGAGCUUGGUGAAACUUAAUUUGACCGGUAAUAGGUUAUCCGGUUUGAUUCCAGUAAGUUUGGGGAAGUUGGAAGCGCUGACCCACUUAGAUUUGAGCUCUAACGAGCUCAACAGUGAGCUUCCUGCAUCUUUAUCGAGCAUGAUGAACCUUGUGGGGCUUUAUGUUCAGCAGAACAGAUUUUCUGGUCGGGUUGAUGAGCUGUUUUCCAAUUCCAUGUCUUGGAAGAUUGAAACCAUGAAUUUGAGUAGUAAUUUCUUUUACGGGAAGUUGCCACCAUCUUUGGGCAAUUUUUCGUACUUGACACAUUUGGAUCUUCAUGGCAAUUUUUUUGCAGGAGAUAUUCCACCGGACCUUGGGAAUCUGAUGCAACUUGAGUAUUUUGAUCUUUCUUGGAAUAGGCUUUCUGGACAUGUACCUGAGAAAAUAUGCAGCCUGACCAACCUGGUUUUCCUAAAUCUGGCAGAAAAUAGAUUGGAAGGGCCUAUACCGAGAAGUGGUAUUUGUCUGAACCUAUCAAGAAUUUCACUUGCUGGGAACAAAAAUCUGUGUGGGAGAAUUUUGGGUUUAGACUGCCAGAUUAGAAGCUUGGAGAAAUCAGCACUGUUAAAUGCUUGGGGACUUGCUGGGAUUGUGGUAGGAGUUGUACUCAUUGCUCUUACUGUAGCUUUUGCUCUACGAAGAUGGAUUACUGGAAGCUGCAGGCAGAAUGAUCCUGAGGAUCUCGAGGAAAGCAAACUAAAAAGUUUUAUAGAUCAGAAUCUCUAUUUCUUAAGCAGCAGCAGAUCGAAGGAACCUUUGAGCAUCAAUGUAGCCAUGUUUCAGCAGCCUCUUCUGAAAUUAACCUUGGUUGAUAUUCUUCAAGCCACCAACAAUUUCUGCAAGACAAACAUAAUUGGAGAUGGAGGUUUUGGAACUGUAUACAAGGCAAUCUUGCCUAAUGGAAAAACAGUUGCAGUGAAGAAGCUAAGCGAAGCUAAAACACAGGGUCACCGAGAAUUUAUGGCCGAAAUGGAAACUUUGGGAAAGGUAAAGCACCAAAACCUAGUCCCGUUGCUUGGAUACUGCUCUAUAGGCGAGCAGAAGCUCCUUGUGUAUGAAUAUAUGGUCAAUGGGAGCUUAGAUCUUUGGCUGAGAAAUCGGACAGGUGCCCUUGAAGUCCUUGACUGGGACAGACGGCUCAAGAUUGCAACUGGUGCUGCACGUGGGCUUGCUUUUCUUCACCAUGGAUUCGUCCCCCACAUAAUCCACAGAGACAUUAAAGCCAGCAACAUCUUACUCAACGAAGACUUCGAACCAAAGGUUGCGGAUUUCGGUCUGGCAAGAUUGAUAAGUGCUUGUGAGACUCAUGUCACCACUGAUAUUGCAGGAACAUUUGGCUAUAUUCCUCCCGAGUAUGGGCAGAGUGGGAGAUCUACCUCAAGGGGAGAUGUUUACAGUUUUGGCGUGAUUUUGCUUGAAUUGGUGACUGGGAAGGAGCCGACUGGGCCAGAUUUUAAGGAGAUUGAAGGUGGGAAUCUGGUUGGCUGGGUGUUUCAAAAGAUCAACAAAGGGCAGUCUGCUGAUGUUCUUGAUCCAGCAGUUCUCAAUGCUGAUUCAAAGCAGAUGAUGCUUCAAAUGCUGCAGAUUUCUUGUGUAUGCCUCUCUGAUGUUCCUGCUAACAGGCCUACCAUGCUUCAAGUAUUGAAGUUGCUGAAAGCGAUCAGGGAUGAGUAAUUGCAGAGUUUCUUUGCCUUUGCCUUUGCCUUAGCCUUGGUAGGGGUAACAGGUUUGUUGUCAAAAUAGUAGAGUCAACUAAUUAUGGAGAACUGGGGAUGCUAAGUUGUUUACAGUUUCCUUUUACUAAUCUAAUCGCAAUUUAGAGCUUCAA